AAAAUGGGCCCCAUAGAUGCCGAGGUGGAAGACAAUCAGACAGCAGAAGAGGUGAAGAUAGAGCUGUAUGGGCCAAGGCACACCACCCCGAGGGGGGAGCUGGCCGCUGACCCUGAGCCCCAGCUCAUAGACAGCACCAAACUGCUGGAGGUGCGGAUUGUCCUCAUCCUGGCCUAUUGUUCCAUCAUCGUGCUUGGAGUAGUUGGUAACUCCUUGGUGAUCCACGUGGUGAUCAAAUUCAAGAGCAUGCGCACAGUAACUAACUUCUUCAUCGCCAAUCUUGCUGUGGCAGACCUUUUGGUGAACACUCUAUGCCUGCCUUUCACCCUCACCUACACCUUAAUGGGGGAGUGGAAAAUGGGUCCUGUUCUGUGCCACCUGGUGCCGUAUGCCCAGGGCCUGGCAGUACAAGUGUCCACAAUCACGUUGACAGUCAUCGCCAUGGAUCGGCACCGGUGUAUUGUGUACCACCUGGAAAGCAAGAUCUCCAAACGCAUCAGCUUCCUGAUUAUUGGUUUGGCCUGGGGAACCAGUGCCCUGCUGGCCAGUCCUCUGGCCAUCUUUAGGGAGUACUCCUUGAUUGAGAUUAUUCCAGAUUUUGAGAUUGUGGCCUGUACUGAAAAAUGGCCUGGCGAGGAGAAGAGCAUGUACAGUACUAUUUACAGUCUUUCCUCCUUGUUAAUCCUGUACCUUUUGCCUCUGGGCAUCAUAUCCUUCUCUUACACCCGGAUCUGGAGCAAGCUGAAGAACCACGUCAGCCCCGGUGCUGCAAGCGACCACUACCACCAGCGAAGGCGGAAAACAACCAAGAUGCUGGUGUGUGUGGUGGUGGUGUUUGCGGUCAGCUGGCUGCCUCUCCAUGCCUUUCAGCUUGCCGUGGACAUCGACAACCAGGUCCUGGACCUGAAGGAGUACAAACUCAUCUUCACCGUGUUCCACAUCAUCGCCAUGUGCUCUACUUUCGCCAAUCCCCUUCUCUACGGCUGGAUGAACAGCAACUACAGGAAGGCUUUCCUGUCCGCCUUCCGCUGUGAGCAGAGGCUGGAUGCCAUCCACUCCGAGGUGUCUGUGACUUUCAAGACUAAAAAGAACCUAGAAGUCAAAAAGAACAAUGGCCCUACUGACUCCUUCUCAGAGGCUGCCAAUGUCUAA